AAAGAUAUGCUCACCCAUUAUUCAAAAAACCCUUUACAAUGGGUGCCUUCCCAUCUGUCCCACACUUUCAUUUCUAAAUUCACAUCACAGUAAUAAGUUUUGACAAUCCCCAAUUUCGUCAAUGCCUUGUUCCAUUUCCUCUUGACCUUUGCUUCUUCGCAUCCUCUUCUGCCCUCUUCACCAAGAAAGUCACCUUCUGAUCCAGUCAAACCUCAACACCCAACAUUGCUCAGCUCACGACCCAUCAUAUACCCACACUUUUUAAACAUUUACAAGCUCGCAAUUUUAUUAAAUUUCACACAGACCAAAUAUCAAGCACUUGGUGCUCAUUGACAAUUUUGAAAUCAUAGUAAUGGUACUCCCACUAUUGAAGCUUGGGACGUUGGCCUUGAAGACUCUCAGCAAACCCGUGGCUAACAGGUUGAAGCAACAAGCUGCGAUUCAUCCAAGGUUCCGGCAGUUAAUCAUCGAUAUGGCCCAGAAAAACCAUCGAUUCACGACACAAAUGCAAAGACGCAUAUAUGGUCAUGCAACUGACGUUGAAAUUCGCCCUUUGAAUGAAGAAAAAGCUGUUCAGGCUGCUGUAGACCUUAUUGGGGAACUCUUCGUCUUCUCGGUUGCAGGAGUUGCUGUGAUCCUUGAGGUGCAAAGAAGUGCUAGAUCAGAAGCCAGAAAGGAGGAAGUACGCAAACAAGAACUUGAGAAAAUGAGGCAAAGAGAUGAAGAUAUAGCUAGAGAAGUAGAACUCCUUAAGCAAAAACUUGAGGAACUGGAGCAUAUUGCCAAGGGACGAGGACUCAGUGGUAUGUUUCACUUCAAACAGUCUAAUACAGACAACGAAAAGCCAGCUAAACCAGCUUGAUCUAAGCACGAGAGUCUUCAAAUAAUUACAGAUUGGAACACAACUUCAGAUUAAUUGAAUAGUUCCCCCUCAGCAAGGGAAAGCUUCUUCUUUUUUUUUUUUUUACUUUUUCCCAUUCUUUUGACCUUGUGUCAUCUUUUCAGAUUGAGAUCUGGCUUUGCUUACCCCAUUUGUAAAUGAAUAGCGAAUACUAUCAAAACUGAGGUUCUAUUUGUUCUGCGGGAAAAUAAAAUGAAUGAAUACA